GCUGGAGCAAACAUCAGAUUUCACUGAGAUUCGUCAAAGAACAAAGGUGCACAGUGCAUUUUAUCGCAAAUAUUCUGUCCGAUGAGUUUAGUAUUUGUCAAUAUGAAAGUGAAACAAGUGACAAUCACGUUUUGGGUUUUGUUGUUUUUAACAGAGGCAAAAUUAGCACCAACACUUCGAUUGAAUAAUGGCUAUGAAAUGCCUGUCAUUGGAUUUGGGACCUUUCAGGCAUCUCCAGGCGAUUGUGAACGUUCAGUGAAGGAUGCUAUUGAUAUUGGAUAUCGUCAUAUCGAUACAGCCUUUGUGUAUGGUAAUGAAAUUGAGGUGGGAAAAGCAGUCAGAGCAAAAAUUGACGAAGGGGUGAUCAAACGUGAGGAUAUUUUUAUAACAACGAAAUUGUGGAGUACAUUCCAUGAGCCCGAUCAGGUGGAAAAAGUAUUCCAAAGGUCAUCUGAUAAUUUGAAUUUGACCUAUGUCGAUCUGUAUUUGAUUCAUUUUCCAUCUGCGUUGCAACGUGUUCCUAAAAAUAAAACAGAUGCGUCUGGUGACGUCAAUACAUUUGACAAAUUGCCACGUGGAAAAGACGGCAAAGUAUUGACAGCAGAUGUGGAUUAUUUGGAUACAUGGCACGCAAUGGAAAAAUUGGUCGAAAGUGGUCGAGUGCGCAGUAUUGGUUUGUCCAACUUUAACAGUGAACAAACCGAACGUGUUCUAUCCAAUUCAAAAAUAAAGCCAGUAACAAAUCAAGUUGAAUGUCAUCCGAAUCUCAAUCAACGAAAAUUAAUCGAAUUCAGUGCAGCCCGAAAUAUUACAAUCACAGCUUAUUCACCGCUGGGUCGACCAUCUACAACUUCCUCUAACGGCAAGAACUUAGCAAUUUCUGAUCCGAAAGUUCUUGAAUUGGGAAAGAAAUACAAUAAAACACCGGCUCAAAUCAUACUGCGCUAUACUGUUCAGAACGGAGCCAUCGUCAUUCCGAAAUCCAUCCAUAAAAACCGCAUAGAGGAAAAUUUCAAUAUUUUGGACUUUGAAAUAAGCGCUAGUGAUAUGGAAAUUUUGCACGGGAUAAAUGACAACAUUAGGUUGAGCAGUUUCGAUGAUUUAAAAGAUGAUAAAUAUUAUCCAUUCAAUAUUGAAUUUUAACCAAAAUAAACAAAUAUUAUGUUUAUAUGAAAUAAAGUAACAUUGCACAUGA